AUGUCUUGGAUUGUGUGUGUUAGUGUUUUGUGUGUAUGUGCGUUAGCCAGGACUCAAAUUAUACCUUCGAAGGCUAGAGCUAGUGAUGGAGAGUUUAAUAAUGUUAAUACGGAUGGAUCCUUUGAUUUUGGAUACGUAAACAAAGACCGAGGGUCCAGCUAUCAUUUAGCCAAAGGCAACGCCAAUGGUGUCGUGGGAGGAAGAUUUGGUGCCAGAGAACCGGGCACUGAAGAGGUUAAAGAAACAAUCUAUACCGCUGGGCCAAGGGGUUUUCGAGCAAAAGGACCGAAUGUACAUCGUAAAAUAGACCUGGACCAACGCCCCAGAGGUCCUAUUGGGAACAAAGAUGACCCUUAUUUUGACCCCAAUGAAGAUCCAAGCUAUUCAUUUAAAAUUGACACCAGAACAUACACUAAGAAUGAAAAUGCUGAUAGCAGAGGCGAUGUUAAAGGGCAUUAUUCAUUCGUUGAUGACAUUGGAGAACGCCACGAUGUCUCUUACAUAGCUGGUAGAGACACUGGUUUUCAUGUUUCCUCAGCAUUUCCCGAUUCUCCUAGAGGCAUCGGUGCCCCCUUCCAUAGGGCUCCAUUGGUUCGUAAUGAGAAAAAUCCUAGAGGGAAGACUGCUGUCCAGCGGGGCUUAGAUGGUUCUUAUAGAUUUAUUUCCGCUGGACCAGACCAGAGACGAACAGAAACCAGUGACUCCCGUGGUAACGUUCGAGGGUCGUACACCUUUUUGGAUGAUAAAGGAGUUCAAAGGACAGUCCACUACAUAGCCGGUCCCGGUAUAGGAUACCGGAUUGUGAAGAACAGCAAUGACCCAUUUAUUCCAUCGUACUUCCCAACGUUACCAAGUCAAUACGAUCCGGAUUUCAAUGACGUCACUUCUGUUGGAGCCUCCGUGGCACCAGCAGGAUUUGUACCGAACGAUGAAGGAACUGAUGAUGUCUUUAAAGGCCCCGAUGGUACAGCUGCUUCUGGUCACGUGAAACCUCCACCUUUUCCAACAUCAGAUGAUAGACCAGAUCCAUCCACUUCUGACAUAAGUAGUUCUGAAAAUACUGACAGUGGCACAAAUAGUUACGGCCAGGCCCCACCAUUUAACCCAGAAACUGAUAACCAAGACUUAAGCUACGUGGAUGAAGAAUCAACGAGUUUUGCAGGCCCUAAACCAACCAAAGGAACAGGCAAACCUUGGCGUCCAAGCAGCAAACCUUUUAGGCCGACGAAGAAGCCUUACGUACCUCUAAAACCUUCUCAAGUGCCAUUUAAUAAUGAAGAUGAAAUCAACAGUGGUGAAAAAAGUAAACCACAGUUUGCUGUAGGAUUCAAUAUUCAUAGUAAGCCUGGUACAACGAUUAUUAGGAAUACUGGGCAGGAUUAUUUUGGUAUUCCACCCGGUGUUUCAGUUCGUGCUCACGUUCAAAGUAUCGAUCUUUACCCGUUCGGUUCAAAGCCUUUAUCGCCGUCAGAAGCUUUAGAACAUGAUACAUUAGUAUGA